AGUUGAAAGUUGAACAGUGAAGAGUCAAGUUUCUGUGUCAAAUUUUAUACUUUGUGCCAACUAUUACGUUUUUUUUUCUGUUGUAUUUUUUGUGUUUAUAUGACUGUACAUCCUUGAAUUACACGAGAAACCAUAUUAGAAUCCAGAAAAAUGUUGAUUAUGUGGAAUGUAUGAAAAUUAUCUAAAGAAAGAAAUCUCACAUGUAAUACUUGGAGACAUUAAGAGAUAUUGCUUAAAGCAAUGUGAUAUACGUGAAAAUAUAUAUUAUAUAUAUAUUUAUGCUUUUAAAAAAAAAGUCAAAAUGACUUUAUCGAUUUAUUUAUUAGCUGCUAUUGCAGCUUUGGGAACAAUUAAUGCUUUAGAAGGUCCAAAUAUAUGUACGAGGCAAGAAACGUACACAGUGACGGUGAGGAUAUCGGAGCAGAAACCUUAUACUGUCCGAGAGAAUACUUGGUGCUUCAGUUUUCCACCAAGAUGCUCCAAAUAUAAAGUCGUAUUUAAGACUAUAUUUAAGGAGCAGGAAUUAAAAAAACAGAGACCCGUAGAAGAAUGUUGCAAAGGUUAUACGGAGACCAAUGAUGGUGAUCGUUGCAUUCCUAUCUGUUCCAAGGACUGUAUUCAUGGUACUUGUAUCGCACCCGAUGUCUGUAAGUGUGAAUCAGGUUACGGAGGUCCAUUGUGUAACUAUAAAUGUCCACCUGGAAAAUGGGGCAAAUCUUGCGAAAUGGACUGCAUGUGUCAAAAUGGAGCUACUUGUGAUCCAUUUGAUGGUAAAUGCUUGUGUAAUAGAGGUUGGACCGGCACUUACUGUAAUCAGGAAUGUCCUUCUAAUCGAUAUGGACAAGAUUGUGGCGAAGAAUGUCGCUGCCGAAAUGGUGGAAGCUGUCAUCACAUUUCUGGUGAAUGCCAUUGUGCUCCGGGUUAUACAGGACCUCUUUGUGACGAUCUGUGCCCACCGGGAAAACACGGCGAUGAAUGCAAGUCAGAAUGUAAAUGUCAAAAUGGUGGUUCUUGCAAUCCUACAACUGGCGAAUGCUACUGUACUCCUGGAUGGACUGGUUCCGUCUGUGCAAGUCGAUGUCCAGAAGGUUUUUGGGGUAAAAACUGUUCUCAAGAAUGUGAUUGUUAUAAUGGAGCUGGUUGUCAUCAUAUUACUGGAGAAUGUGAAUGUAAAUCUGGCUAUUAUGAUGAAAAGUGUUUGAAAAUAUGUCCUGAGGGAACAUUUGGUUUGAAUUGUACAAGCAAUUGUACUUGUAAAAAUAGUGCAAUUUGUUCUCCAAUUGAUGGAUCAUGUACUUGUAGUCCUGGUUGGAUGGGUGAAAAAUGCAAUAAGCGUAUUUGUCAAGAUGAAUUAUGGGGAUCCAACUGUACAAAAAUUUGUGAGUGUGAAAAGAACAAUACUGAAAUGUGUCAUCCUUGGACUGGAAAAUGCAUUUGCAAACCAGGAUGGGAUGGUGACACUUGUACCAGACCUUGUCCUCUCUACAUGUAUGGAAAAGGCUGUCAAAAUCAUUGCAAUUGCAAAAAUAAUGCACAAUGCUCACCUAUAAAUGGAACUUGCAUUUGUGCGCCAGGAUAUAAAGGUGAGGAUUGUAACGAAAUUUGUCCUGACAACACUUACGGUGAAAACUGUGCACAAGAAUGUGUCUGUAAAAAUGGUGCCACGUGUUCACCCGAGAAUGGUCGAUGCAACUGUACAGCAGGAUGGGUUGGUGUUUCAUGUGAUCGUCCAUGUGAUGAUAAAUCUUUCGGCAAGGACUGCGAAGGCAAAUGCAAAUGCUUUAAUAAUGCUGCCUGCAAUCCACAAAAUGGCACAUGCACGUGUGCAGCUGGCUUUAUUGGUGAAUUUUGUCAAGAUCAUUGUGAAAAAGGAUUUUUCGGGUUGGGAUGUACACAAGCCUGUGAUUGUCAUGAAGAGAAUAGUCUAGAUUGUGAUCCUGCCACUGGCUAUUGCAUCUGUAAGCCAGAAUGGCGAGGAAUUCGUUGUGAAACAAAAUGUCCAGAAGGUCUUUAUGGUAAUGACUGUCAUUCGCAAUGCGAGUGCAUGAAUAAUAGUUCAUGCGAUCCGGAAACCGGCACUUGUAUUUGUGCCAGAGGUUGGGAGGGAGUUGACUGUUCUCAACCCUGUAAAGAAGGGUGGUAUGGAAUGCGUUGUAAGGAAAAGUGUCCAAAAAAAAUACAAGGUAACAUGACAUGUGAUCAUGUCACUGGUGAAUAUAUUUGUCGACCUGGAUACUUAGGUUUAACUUGUGAACAUCCUUGUCCACCUAAUCGUUAUGGAUUAAAUUGUGCUAAUCAUUGCCAUUGUAAAAAUGGUGGUGAAUGUCAUCAUGUGACAGGGGUAUGUCAAUGUCGACCUGGUUGGCAAGGCGAAUUUUGUCAAACACCUUGUAUGGAAGGAACAUAUGGCAUGAAUUGCAGUCAACAUUGUACAUGUCAACAUGGAGGAAAAUGCAGAUCUAAUGAUGGUCAUUGUCGAUGUGCACCUGGUUGGACUGGAACUAAAUGCACUGAAAUUUGUCCAGAAGGAUAUUAUGGUGAUCAUUGUAUGGAACCUUGCGAUUGUAAGAACGAUUUUUAUAUAUGUCAUCCUGCUGAUGGAUGUAUUUGUAGACAUGGAUAUACAGGUCUAAAUUGUAACGAAGAAUUAUUUUCGCGUAAUAUACAAGAAAAAGAUGACUCGAGUUAUGGUAGUAUAAUAGCAGGAUUUUUCUUUGCUGCAUUUGUUGUUAUUGCAAUGGUAUUAGCUGGAUGGAUAUAUCAUCGUCGCAGAGUAGCAGAUUUAAAGAAUGAAAUUGCACAAGUGCAAUAUACUGCUGAACCUCCUUCUCCUCCAGAACAAACUCAAUUCGAUAAUCCUGUGUAUGCAUAUCAAGGUUCUUCGAAAUUUGAUGAUGGAACAACUACUUUAUUAAAUAAUUUCCAAUUUAGAAAUAAUCUUGGAACAAGUAAAAAGAUAAAUAAUGAAAAAGUUAGACUUGGAAUGAAUAGUUGUACAGAUGAUGAAGAUGAUUGCAAAGGAUCAUAUAAUCGAUACGAUUUGAAAAACAGAGAUGCAGAUAUGGGAAAUCCAAAUCUUAAUGUGUAUCAUAGUAUUGAUGAAAUGGACGGGAAAAAAGUUGAACAUGUUUAUGAUGAAAUUAAACAAAAUAAUGAUGAAUCAGAAUAUGAUCAAUUAGAUAAUCCAAGACCAAUUAGCAAUUACAAACAAUUCAACUUAAUGCCGAAUGGUUUCUGUUCAAACUCAUCAGACAAUGCAGGACCUAGCAAUUUCAAAGAUAAAGAUCCAGAACUUGGUAAAAUGUAAAUUUUUUU